UUGGAAACAAUCCAAGGAUAGAAGAAAAAACAACAACAACAACAAGAAGCUAAAAAAAAAAAAAUGUCGUUAGCCUCAUCCCAGCAAAGCUUUCUAGCCAACGCUCUUUCUUCACCAACUCAGAAGCUCAAAACCAAGAUUCCCAGUUGCGCUCAGUACAGAACAAUCUCAUUCAGACACCAACAAGACGACCAGAAAGAUUCUCCCAGGAAGAAGGAGAACAAGCUAGUGAAGCUGGCUGCAGUUACAUUGGCAGCUGGGGUGCUGACGCUGGGAUCGGUUUCCGAUGCGUCGGCCGCGAAGACUGGCGGUCGGGUUGGUGGCCAGGCGUUCCGUUCUUCGGCACCUCGGUCGUCCCCUAGAAUCAAUAACAACAAUUCGAGGACCAACAUCUACAUAAAUCCUCCUGUUGCCCCACCUUUAGUUGGUGGUUAUGGUUAUGGUUAUGGCGUACCGUUCUUCGGUGGUUGGGGAUGGUCGCCAUUUUCUUUCUUUGCUCCAGGUCCCAGCGUUGCUGUCGGCAUUGGUGGCGGUUUCGACACUUUAGCUCUGUUUCUUUUUCUUGGUGCCGUUGCUGCUGUUGUGCGGAGAUUUUUCAGAUCAAGAAGAAAUGAUGAUGAUGAUGAUUACUAUUGACAUAAAACUGUCUUAUACUUGUGUAAUACCUUAAAUACUCAACUCAGUGGCUACAGAAUACUUGAAUUAAAUCCAGUUCUGUUCUAACAUACGGCUUUUUAAUAUUAGAGU